UCUUCUCCUCCGCGACAUUACACAUUGAAGACUUUCCCUUUCUCAACCUUUCUCUCUUCACCUUUAUUCGUUUCGCUCACCAAACCCUAACCCUAACCCUAACCCCUUCUGUUUCUCUUUCUCUUCCAAUCUCAAAACCCCUCUAAUCCUGCAAUUCGCCAAACAAAUUAACACCACCAAAAAGCUGUAUCUCCUUACAAUCUUCAUGGAUUCAGAGCAGAGCAACCUUUACGAAACGGCGUCGCAGCCGGACACGGGAACUGACGCCUACACCUUCCUCGAAUUCAACACUCAAGGCGAAUCUGACUUCGAUUAUCCCGAAUUCCGCUCUCCAGUGGCCUGGCCCACUCCUUCCGAUUCGCUUGCCGCCACCUCCUCCUCUUCCGCUGUGGACCCCGCCACUUCCGACCACCGCGCCGCUGCGUCCUCCUCUGAUCAUCAUUCUGAUUCUCCCGCAGCCUCCCCGGUGUCAUCAAAAGCCGCACGCGGCGGGGGUGGGAAUAAUACUCAGGCUGUUGAUGGGAUAGUAGCCAGUAUGGGAGGGUUGAAUUUCGAGGAGACUGGGGACGAGGAUGGAUAUGAGUUCGGGAAAGGAGACUUUACGGAACAUGCUUGUAGGUAUUGCGGUGUUUCAAACCCAGCGUGCGUUGUGAGGUGCAAUGUUCCGUCAUGCAGAAAGUGGUUUUGUAAUUCUAGAGGGAACACAUCUGGCUCGCAUAUUGUCAAUCACCUGGUUCGUGCAAAACACAAGGAAGUCUGCCUCCACAAAGACAGCCCCCUGGGCGAGACGAUACUUGAAUGUUACAACUGUGGAUGUAGAAAUGUUUUCCUUCUUGGAUUUAUAUCAGCCAAGACUGAAAGUGUUGUUGUUCUUCUUUGCCGGGAACCUUGCUUGAACGUCAAUGCAUUGAAGGACAUGAACUGGGAUUUAAGCCAGUGGUGCCCCCUCAUUGAUGACAGGUGCUUUCUACAGUGGCUUGUUAAGAUACCUUCAGAGCAGGAGCAGCUGAGGGCACGUCAAAUUAGUGCUCAGCAAAUAAAUAAAGUAGAAGAACUUUGGAAAACAAAUCCUGAUGCUACCCUUGAAGAUCUUGAGAAGCCUGGUGUUGACGAUGAGCCUCAGCCAGUGGCAUUGAAGUACGAAGAUGCAUAUCAGUAUCAAAAUGUGUUUGCUCCGCUAAUUAAGCUUGAGGCUGAUUAUGAUAAAAUGAUGAAAGAGUCUCAAAGCAAGGACAAUGUAACUAUUCGAUGGGACAUUGGUCUUAACAAGAAGCGAAUUGCGUAUUUUGUGUUUCCGAAGGAGGACAAUGAGUUGCGUCUUGUACCUGGGGAUGAGCUGCGACUACGGUAUUCUGGAGAUGCUGCUCAUCCAGCAUGGCAGUCAGUUGGGCAUGUGAUCAAGCUAACUGCACAGGAGGAGGUAGCACUUGAGCUUCGUGCUAGUCAGGGAGUUCCUGUUGAUAUAAACCAUGGUUUCAGUGUCGAUUUUGUAUGGAAGAGUACGAGCUUUGAUAGGAUGCAAGGGGCAAUGAAAACUUUUGCAGUGGAUGAAACAAGUGUUAGUGGAUACAUAUACCAUCAUUUGCUGGGACAUGAGGUUGAGAGUCAAAAUGUUCGUAAUACACUCCCACGCCGUUUUGGUGCACCUGGUCUUCCGGAGCUGAAUGCAUCCCAAGUUUUUGCUGUAAAGAGUGUUCUUCAGAGACCUAUAAGUUUGAUUCAGGGUCCUCCUGGCACUGGAAAAACUGUCACCUCUGCUGCCAUUGUUUAUCACAUGGCCAAACAGGGUCAAGGACAGGUUUUGGUAUGUGCUCCAAGUAAUGUAGCUGUUGACCAACUGGCUGAGAAGAUCAGUGCCACUGGCUUAAAGGUUGUUCGACUAUGUGCAAAAUCAAGGGAAGCUGUAAGUUCCCCUGUUGAGCAUCUAACCCUUCAUUAUCAGGUUAGACAUCUUGACACUUCUGAAAAGAGCGAACUUCACAAGUUGCAACAAUUGAAAGAUGAACAAGGAGAACUGUCCAGCAGUGAUGAGAAGAAAUACAAAGCACUUAAGCGUGCAACAGAGAGGGAGAUUUCUCAAAGUGCUGAUGUCAUUUGUUGUACUUGUGUUGGUGCUGGAGAUCCUCGACUUGCAAAUUUUAGGUUCCGCCAGGUGCUUAUUGAUGAGUCUACUCAAGCAACAGAACCGGAGUGUCUUAUUCCUUUAGUUCUUGGGGCAAAGCAGGUUGUCCUUGUUGGUGACCAUUGUCAGCUCGGUCCAGUCAUUAUGUGCAAGAAAGCAGCUCGUGCUGGGCUAGCUCAGUCUCUUUUUGAACGUCUUGUUUUGCUGGGUGUGAAACCAAUAAGGCUGCAGGUUCAAUACCGUAUGCAUCCAUCUCUCUCAGAAUUUCCAUCCAACAGCUUUUAUGAAGGUACCCUGCAAAAUGGAGUGACGGUUAAUGAGAGGCAAUCAUCGGGCAUUGAUUUUCCUUGGCCUGUACCUAAUCGUCCCAUGUUCUUUUAUGUUCAGAUGGGACAAGAGGAAAUAAGUGCUAGUGGAACGUCCUAUCUAAACCGUACUGAGGCAGCCAAUGUUGAAAAAAUUGUAACCACUUUCUUGAGGAGUGGUGUGGUCCCUAAUCAGAUUGGGGUAAUAACACCAUAUGAGGGUCAGAGAGCAUAUAUAGUUAACUAUAUGUCUAGAAAUGGAGCUCUCAGACAACAACUGUACAAAGAAAUUGAGGUUGCAAGUGUUGAUUCAUUUCAAGGAAGGGAAAAAGAUUAUAUUAUUUUGUCUUGUGUUAGGAGUAAUGAACAUCAGGGUAUUGGAUUUCUUAAUGAUCCUCGUAGGCUGAAUGUUGCUCUAACACGUGCUAGAUAUGGGAUUGUCAUCCUGGGAAACCCUAAAGUUCUCAGCAAACAACCUUUGUGGAAUAGUUUAUUGACACACUACAAGGAACAUGAGUGCUUGGUGGAAGGACCUCUAAAUAACUUGAAGCAGAGUAUGGUUCAGUUUCAAAAGCCCAAGAAGAUCUAUAAUGAUAGGAGGCUCUUCUUUGGUGGUGGACCUGGAAUUGUGUCUAAUGACAAUUUUGGUUCUGUUGCCUCAUCUAGUCCAAAUGCUGAUAGAAGAAGCUCUCGUGGCAGGGGUUCAUAUAUGCCACCUGGGCCACCAAAUGGUACCCAUAAGCCUGGUGUUCAUCCUACUGGCUUCCCAAUGCCUCGGGUUCCCAUUCCUCCAUUUCAUGGUGGUCCGCCUUCCCAACCUUAUGCUAUUCCAACUCGGGGAGCUGUGCACAGGCCUGUUGGAGCUGUUCCUCAUGUCCCUGCACCAGGAAGUCGAGGUUUUGGGGCUGGGCGUGGGAGUGCUGGUGCUCCUAUUGGAAGUCAUCUUCCCCAUCAGCAAAGUACGCAACAAACUAUUGGAAAUAUGGGAUCUACUUUCAACUUUCCCGCCCUUGAGAAUCCAAAUAGCCAGCCAUCUGUGGGCGGUCCACUAUCUCAGCCUGGAUAUGUUAAUAAUAUGCCAGUUCAAGGGCCGAGCCAAACAUUUCGUGAUGGAUUUUCUAUGGGGGGCAUGUCUCAGGACUUCCUGGGUGAUGACUUCAAAAGCCAGGGAUCACAAGUUCCUUAUAAUGUUGCUGAGUUCUCCACUCAGGCAUCACAAAGUGGUUAUGCUGUUGAUUACGUUACGCAAGGAGCACAGGGUGGGUUCCCGGGCAACUUCAUGAAUCAAAAUUCUCAAGCUGGGUUUUCUCGUUUUGGUUCUGGAAAUGAUUUCAUGUCUCAGGACUACAUGGCUCAUGGAUCGCAGGGUCUAUUUACUCAGAUUGGCUUCAAUGAUCCUUCACAAGAUGAAUCAUCACAGAGCCACUUUGGCAUAGCCAACCCAAACCCGCUUCAGUCCCAGGGCUUGAUGAAUUCUCUCUACUCUCAGCCCUUUGCUCACUACAACACACAGCCACUAAAUUUGCAGUCUCCACAGCAGCCUCUGCAAGGUCAAGGCUCCCAAAACCAGAAAAUUCACUACAAUGGUUGAAGGUCCAUGGAAGUGUGAUGGGUUAUAAACUUUGCAUUCAGCAUCUUGGUUUGUGCUGUCAUGUGUGCCCAAAUUUAUCUGCAGAAAGUGCAGAAAAAACUUUGCCGUCUUUUUCAGGUCAGUUUGAUAAUCAGAGGAUGACCCUUGGAUGGGAUGCUAAGAAUAAAGAAUUGACAAGUCGGCAGUGGCUAUGCUAUGGGGUCCCAUGAGCAGACGCAGGCUGUACAUCCAAGGCUGAGAAAGGAAAGCAUAACCCCAAUCGCCUGCCUAAAUGUUUUUUGACAAGGUAAAGUUUUUCCCAACGGAGAGCGUUACAUGGCAUGGUUUUGUCGAAAGGGUUCAGACUUGAAGAUAGUGGGGGGCUUAUAUUUCUAUUUUGUUAUGGGGGAACCCCUUUAGUUACAGGCAAGCAGAACAGGAAAUGUGUACAGAAUGACGAGGGAAUAUCACCUAACCCUUUCAGCUCCUCCUGACAUGUAACUAUACUCUGUUAUAAUUGGCUAGAUGAUGACGAUUUGUUAGGGAAUUGAUACUUUUAGAGGUAAAAUGGAAUUGGUGUAUGUAAGUGUGAAAAUUGGUUUUCCUGUCAGAAUUUGGCUUUGUUUUAAAUAUCUACUUACUAUGUCCCUAUUGUCUUAUUGGGACUGACGUGAAAGGAUUUGUACCAUUGAGAAACUUGUUUGAGUAUAUAUACAAAUUACGGUGAUAAGAGAUGGAUGGUGGUUGCAGCUUUCUA